AUGGAGUCGUACCUGGAGUUUGCUUCAGUGGUGGUGAGCCAGCAGGCGCUGGAGCACUCGCGGGGGCUGGUGCGAGGGUUCAUGGAGGAGCUGGGGCCAAGACUGCAGGAGACUCUCACGGAUAGACAGAAGGAGAUGGACAACUGGGUGACGGACUGGUGGCUAGACGACAUGUACCUGAAGGUGCGUCUGCCGCUACCCAUCAAUUCCAACCCUGGCAUGGUGUUCCCUCGGCGUCACUUCGCUAAGAUGGAGGAGGUGGCGGACUUGGGGGCAUUGUUCAUCGACGACCUUCUGGACUAUAAGGAGAUGCUGGACAGAGGUGAACUUCCUCUGGAGCGAGCCACCAGCCGUGAGAAAGGUCAGCCGCUGUGCAUGGAGCAGUUCUAUCGACUGCUGGGCGUGUGUCGCAUCCCAGAGGUGGGCAAGGACAGGCUGGAGCUGCCGCCCGUCAGGCAGGGCUCCGAGGAGUCAGAGGAACUGAUCGUGGUGGCCUGUAGGAACUACUUCUACCCCAUCCCGGUGAAAGCAGCAGACCGUGGAAGGCUAACACCUGGUGAGAUACAGGCUCAGCUGCUGCAUGCCAUGGUGGACGCUGCCGGAGCACCACCAGCCCCACGAGUGGGACUACUCACUUCUAUGAAUAGAGACCAGUGGGCAAAGGCCAGAGAACAGCUAAUAAGAGACGAGAUGAACCGCAUGAACUUGGAGCUGAUCUCCCGCGCGCUGUGCAUCCUGUGCCUGGACGAGGGUGGAGGAGACAGGGCAGACACUGAUGCAGACACCAACGCCAUGCUGCGCGCCAUGCACGGAGCUGGCACCAGACACCACUCCGCCAACCGGUGGUUCGACAAAACUGUGCAGCUAAUAAUAUCAUCAGAUGGCACAAUAGGCAUGUGUUACGAGCACAGCGCGGCAGAGGGCGUGGCAGUGGUGCGCCUGGCAGAGCGAGCGCUGGCCAGGGCGGAGGUAGCAGACAGGCCUGCUCCACCGCCAGCACUCCUGCCAGCUCCUCAAGCCAUGAAGUGGAACGUGCCACCUGAUGUGCAGAGGACUAUUGAAACAGCUGCUCGGGAUCUUGAUCGUGCCAUCUCGGAUCUGGACCACAAAGUGUACACGUACCGCGGCUACGGGCGGGAGUUCAUGAAGUCGUGCCGCACCAGUCCCGACGUCUACAUCCAGCUCGCGCUGCAGUAUGCUUACUACAAGAUGUACGGCUACCUAGUCACCACAUACGAGUCAGCGUCUCUGCGCCGGUUCCGCAACGGUCGCGUGGACAACAUCAGGUCAGCGCACGGCGCCGCGCUGGCGUGGGCAGCCGCCAUGUGCACUGCAGAGACACCGCCCCUCAAUGACGGCAGUGAUGAGGGACAGAAGAAGGUGUCUUUUAAUUUGUAUGGGGAACAAAAGAAGCUUGAAUUAUUUGAAGAAGCAGCUCGCAAGCAGACAUCGAUCAUGGAGGCCAAUAUCCUGGGCAAGGGCAUAGACAACCACCUGCUGGGGCUGCGGGAGGCUGCAAGAGAGUCGCUGGGCGAGCUGCCGCCCGUCUUCUGCGACACCACCUAUAAACAGAUGAUCGAGUUCAAGCUUAGCACUAGUCAGGUGGCUACAACGACAGACGGUACAUUCAUGGGUUACGGAGCAGUCUGCCCCGACGGGUACGGCUGCAGCUACAACCCGAAGAAGGACAGCAUCAUCUUCUGCAUAUCCUCGUUCACCUCCUCCAGCGUCACCAACACAGAAGCAUUCAGGCAAUCCUUGGAGGAGGCCCUUGACUCCAUGAAGCUCAUGUUCCAAGCUCGGAAGGGGGAGAAUUAA